AUGGCCACCGCGCGCCGCGACCUCCUCCUGGACAUCCAGGCCAAGUCGCAGAAGAAGUGGGCCGAUGAGAAGAUCUUCGAGGUCUCCGCGCCCAGGGACGGCUCCAAGCCCCCAAAGUUCUUCGGCAACUUCCCGUAUCCCUACAUGAACGGGAUGCUCCACCUCGGCCACGCCUUCUCCCUCUCCAAGCUCGAGUUCGCCUCCGCCUACCACAGGCUCAAGGGCGACGAGGUCCUCUUCCCCUUUGCCUUCCACUGCACCGGGAUGCCCAUCAAGGCCUCCGCGGAUAAGAUCAAGAACGAGAUCGCCAAGUACGGCAACCCGCCCGUGUUCCCGGUCAUCGACGAGGCCGCCGAGGCCGAGGCUGCCGCGCAAAAGGCUGCCGAGGCUGCCGAGGCUGCCAAGAACGCGGAUCCCACCAAAUUCGCAGCCAAAAAGAGCAAAGCCGUCGCCAAAGCCGGCACCGCCGCCUACCAGUGGGAGAUCAUGAAGUCCUCCGGAGUUCCCGAGUCCGAGAUUCCCCCGUUCGCGGACCCGUACCACUGGCUCGACUACUUCCCGCCCCUCGCGAAGCGCGACGUCGCCGCCAUGGGCUGCCAGGUUGACUGGCGCCGUUCCUUCAUAACCACCGACCACAACCCCUUCUACGACGCAUUCGUGCGUUGGCAGUUUAACACGCUUAAGAAGAUCGGCAAGAUCAUCAAGGCCAAGCGCAUGGCGGUGUACUCCCCGCUCGACGGGCAGCCCUGCGCGGACCACGACCGCGCCACGGGCGAGGGCGUCGGCCCGCAGGAGUACGUCCUGGUCAAAAUGCGGGUCUACGACGAGUGCCUGGUUGGCGAGCUGUCUCCCCUCGCCGGUCGCGACGUUUUCCUCGCGGCGGCUACGCUGAGACCCGAGACGAUGUACGGGCAGACGAACUGCUGGGCCCUCCCGGACGGCGACUACGGCGCCUUCGAGAUGGCGAACGGGGACGUCAUGGUGAUGUGCGACCGCGCCGCGCGUAACCUCGCCUUUCAGGAGCACACGAAGGAGCCCGGCGUGGUGAACAAGCUGCUCGGGUUCAAGGGUACCGCGCUCAUCGGAUGCGCGGUCAAGUCCCCGCUCGCGGUGCUCGAGAGGAUCUACUGCCUCCCCAUGAUGACCAUCCUCAUGAACAAGGGUACCGGCGUGGUGACGUCCGUGCCGUCCGACUCCCCCAUGGACUUUAUGGCCCUCAGCGAUCUCAAGGCGAAGCCCGCGCUUCGGGAAAAGUUUGGCGUCAAGGAUGAGUGGGUCAUGCCCUUCGAGGUUGUCCCUUGCGUUCACAUCCCCGAAUUUGGCGACGCGUGCGCGCCCAUCGUGUGCGAGCAGCUCAAGAUCAAGAGCCAGAACGAGAAGGUCAAGCUCGAGGAGGCCAAGGGGAAGACCUACCUCAAGGGUUUCACCGACGGGAUCAUGCUCCUCGGCGCGCACAAGGGCGAACCAGUGAAGCUCGUCAAGCAGAAGAUUCGAGACAUCAUGAUUGCCGACGGCGGCGCCAUCGUCUACUCCGAGCCCGAGAAGCAGGUGAUGUCUCGCUCCGGCGACGAGUGCGUCGUCGCGCUCACCGACCAGUGGUACCUCGAGUACGGCGAGGACGCCUGGCGCGAGCGCUCCGAGAAGUGCCUCGAGGGCAUGGUCACCUACCACGACGAGGCCCGGAAGGCUUUCCAGCACACCCUCGGCUGGCUCCGCCAGUGGGCGUGCUCCCGCGCGUUCGGCCUGGGAACCCGCAUGCCCUGGGACCCCCAGUACCUCAUCGAGUCCCUCUCCGACUCCACCAUCUACAUGGCCUACUACACCGUCGCGCACCUGCUACAGGGCGGGGACAUGUACGGAAAAUCGAAGCCCUCGGUGGACCCGGAGGCUAUGACGGACGACGUCUGGGACGCCGUGUUCCUCGGCACCGAACUCGACGCCGACUCGAAGUUCCCCAGGGACCUGCUCGACGAGAUGCGCGCGGAGUUCAACUUCUGGUACCCGUUCGACCUGCGCGUGUCCGGCAAGGACCUCAUCCAGAACCACCUCACGUUUGCCAUCUACAAUCACACCGCGAUUUGGGAGGGCGACGAGAGCAAGUGGCCGCGCGGCUUUCGCACCAACGGGCACCUGCUCCUAAACGGCGAGAAGAUGUCCAAGUCCACCGGCAACUUCAAGACGUUGAAGACGGCCAUCGAGGAGUACAGCGCGGACGCCAUGAGGUUCGCGCUGGCGGACGCCGGCGACGGCAUCGAGGAUGCCAACUUUGUCCACGACACCGCCAACGCUGCGAUUUUACGGUUUACGAAAGAGCUCGAGUGGAUCGAGUCCAUCCGCGAGGCGUCCGCGCAGGGUAAGCUCCGCGCCGCCGACUCCUCCGCGACUUUCGCCGAUAAGGUGUUCGCCAACGCCAUCGACACCGCGAUCGCGCGCACCAAGGACCACUACGAGAACAUGAUGUUCCGCGAGGCUCUCAAGUCUGGGUACUACGACUUGCAAUCCGCGCGCGACGCGUACAGGGUCCAGUGCGACGGCGACGCCGGCAUGCGCGCGGACCUCGCCGCCAGGUUCAUCGAGGUGUCCACCCUGCUCAUCGUCCCUUUCACGCCGCACACCUGCGAGCACGUCUGGGGCGCGAUCCUCGGCAGGGAAGGUUCGGUCACGAAAGCCGGGUUCCCCGUCGGCGAGGCGCCCGACGCCUCCGUCGCCGCCGCCGGUAAGUACCUCGACGACCUCGUCAAGACGGUGCGCGGGGGCGUCGCGAAGGCGACCGCGCCCCCCAAGAAGAAACCCGCGGUCCCGCCCCCACCCAAGGUUUGCGACCGCGUGGACUUCUUCGUCGCGGAGAAGUUUGGGGGUUGGCAGGAGGUGUGCCUGGGGAUCCUCGCCGACGCGUACGGUGCCGACGGGACGUUCCCCCCCGUGAGCGACAUCCUCGAGAAGGUCAAGGCGAGCCCGCUGGCGCAGGAGGCUGACUUCAAGAACGUCAUGAAGAUGGUGAUGCCCUUCGUCAAGUUCAAGAUGAACGAGGCGGCGGUGGCGGGGCGGGACGCCCUCGGCGUUCGAUUGAUCUUCGACGAAGCCGGGGUGCUUCGGGAAAAUUCCGAGUACGUCGCGAGAGUGUGCGGCUUGAAGGAGGUUGGCGUGUUCGCCGCGGAUGCGGAUUCGCCGGAGAAGGCGGCGGCGGUGAAGGGCGGCGUUAAGGUGGACCAGGCGACGCCGGGGAGCCCCGGCGUGAACUUUGUCGUGACGGAGCUCAGCGUGGAGGGCGUCACCAUCUGA